AUGGCCUCGUCCAUCUCGGAAUACCUCGUCGUUAUCCCAGAUUUCGCCAAUGUCCCUCCGGAAGUCCGCGCCGAAGCUCGUCCCAUCCACUUACGCGAGAUUCAGCCAUUGGUCGAUGCUAAGGUCGUUGUUAUGGGUGGGGCUCUGCUGUCCCGAGUCCCUCAGCCUGGUGAGCCCCCAGCAGUCAAUGGGAGCGUGAUGAUGGUGCAGAUGGAGAGCGCGGAUGCGGUGCGACAGAGACUCGAGAGCGAUGUAUAUCACAAGAAAGCGAUCUGGGACUUGGAUAAGGCACAGAUCAUCUUGAUCAAGUGCGGCUUUCGGACACCUUUGUGA